UAGUGAUGAAAGAUUGUAGGUAGCCAACGCUUGCUAGCAGGUGGACAAAUGUAGACUUGUAAUGCGUUUUUGAUGCUCUACUGGAUUAUUAAACGGUCACAGAAACUCAGGCGGGCGUUAAAUGUUUAGUUUUCAUUUUAUAUGUACAGAAAUUAGUAACGCAUUAUCUUUAAGGGGCGAUAUUAGCUGCUAGUUAGCCACCUAGCCCGCUAAACUCGUCAACGAAGCUGUAGGAGGAAGUGACGACACAAGUGUCUUCUUCAUUGGUCCCUGAGGACUUCCUGCUGCGUUUCUAUUGGCUGACGGCUCCUGGGGACAAAAAUUGAAAUAAACGUUUGAACCAUCUCGCUGCUGAUUGUUUGCUGCUGACGCCUCAAUGAAGACUGUUUUUAGCUGUGUGCUCAAAGUCCAGGCCAACUAACAGCUAUUUAUUGCAGAUAUAAUGGGAGACCAUGUGGAGAUUCAGAUCACCCCAGAGACUCCAGGUAGACCUUCCAUUAGAAACCCCUUUGAAAGUCCCAAUGACUACCACCAUCUCCGUGAACCCCUGGUGCCAAGUCCAUCUAUCUUCAAAUCCAAGUCCUGUAAAGCUACUCCUCCCAAGUUUCACUGGUCUAUUGAAGAAAUGGCUAGUCUUCUGCCAGUUGACAUAGACCCGGAGGAAAUCCAGCGACAGUCGUUUUACCUCAGCCAGACAAGGACGGACUCUGACAUUGAGGAAAAGCGUCAGCAUGCUAUUGAGCAGUUUUUUACCAAAGGAACCAUCGUGCCCUCCCCGUGGGCAGCACCAGACAUCCGUAAAGCCCCUCAGAUCAGUAAAAAAAGUUUAAUGAUUGCAGAGGAGCCUGAAAAAAUCUCAGUUGCCUGUCAGACAACCCUUUCUUUGCCUUUGGCUUUUGAUUUGGAGAAAGUUCUAGGAGAUUAUUACCGUUGUGAGGAAGCGUGUGAUGCUGUUCAGGAAAGUCUUAGUUCCUCCUCACUGAGACGAAAACUCUUCCUCGAUGGCCAGGGCAGUUAUAGUGGCUCUGACGGCUCUAAUCCGCCAAGCCCAGAGAGAGAACACGCCAGACAGGAAAGGUCAUCUUACAGCAGAACAGAGGGAGCCAUAGGAGGAGUUGAAGGAUCUGAAGGAGAAGCUAUAUCAUCUAUCUUUUCCUCCCCUUUGCCCCGUGGCACAUCGGCUCCUACUCCUUCUACGGGUCAAUUUUCAUCCAGUCCCAUCCAGCAUGGCCACUAUCAAGACUGCAGCCUCGGGAGCAUCAGUAGUCCUCUGUUUCCUGGUGGGUCGUCUCCUGCUGGCAUCGUCUCCCCUAAAAUUUCUCCCAUCUUUGCACAUGCAGCACACACACCGAUUGGCUCAGCAGAGACAAAGCAGCCAAACAGCUUGACCCCACACAGCGUUCCCCCAGGUCUUGUCACUUCCUGCAAUGCGAGUCCAUUCGUCGAAGGUUGCUCCCCCAUUCGUAGCUGCUCCCCGCAUCAUCUCCAUUUCCACAAGGAGUCCCAUCACACCUCACGACACAAGUCCAGGCCCAAAGUCCGCUACUGGACCUCCCCUCCUCUCAUUUCCCCGAUCCUCAACCCUAAGCUUGAGGACAAUCACGAGGCUGAAGAACCGCUUCCCUCCUGCUCUUUUCUCCCCGCUAUGGAACUAGAUCCAUCGUCGCCACUGCCCCGGGAUGCUCACUCUGCUGACACUGAGAGAGUAGGUCUGGAUACUAUGGAACUUGUGAAAAUGGACGAGGGUAAAGACAGCGGAAUGGAAGGGAGGCUGGAGGACGAGGUGGACGACGACGACGACGACAACAACAACAACGGUGGAAGACCUUUGGAGCUACUGACCAGCUCUCGUAUGGGCAAUGUGUCAGCAACAGAAAGCUCUCAGAUGUUUUUCUCUCUUCUGACAGAGGGAAGCAGCAUACGCUAUGAUUCUAGCAUGCAGGUGGACAGCGGCUACAACACAACCUCAGCAGGCACCGCCAGCCUUAUUGAUGGCCUCAGCUCUGACUGUCACAGCAAAGAGUCCUUCAGUUCAAACCUGGCAGAAGAAGGCUUCCAGAUCACUCGACACACUAAAGUAAAGGUGUUUUAUCCUCAUCACUGAGCCUGAUUUAUGAAUUUAAAAGGAUGCCUCUUCCACUGGAAGCUUAUGAUUAUUUUGCAAUCAAUUACAACAACGUUUACACUAAGUUUGAAGCAUUUAUGUGGCUAAACUGAGUUUUCUUAACUGUUCAAUGAGGUAUGAGUAGAAACCAGCGUGUGUCACAGGUGGUUAUUAGUUCAAAAUGUAUGGUUCAAGUCACCUUGUUGAAAGCAAAUGCUCUACCACACUUUCUGUUUGAUCACUGGUUAUUAAAGGGAAGUGUAACUCAUAGACCACCUAAGCCCCAUUAAGACUGAAAGCUAUUUUUCUCAGGCAUUUUGGGAUACUGGUGUGAUAAAGGGUAAAAAAAAGAAAUGACCAGUUCUGUUUUAAACUUGCACGACAAUAAUUUCCUUGAGUGCUGUAUUGGUGUUUAUGCCAUCGUUUCAAUUUUAUGUGGUGCCCUCGUAAUCGACCCUAUGGACGCUGACUUUCAGACGUCAUCAGAUCUGUACUGUAUUUAUGUUUUUAUAAAAGUGUUUAUCAUGUUUUUAUAUGGCAAGGGCUUACUUGUGGAUCUUGUUUGUUUUCUUAGAAUAUUUAUUCCAGAGUAAGGCACACUGAAUAAUGCCACUAGUGAAUUAAAGCUGAUUGAGCCAUUUCCCUAAGAUUUUCCUACACUUCUAAACAUGGGUUGGAUCAUUGUCGCAUUAAAUUAACUUAAAUUUUC